CUCCGCCUCAACUUCAAGUGAGAACACAAGUGAAGCAUGUAAGGAAAACACAUAAUGCCUAUGCAAAGUUUUAUUGCUAUGAAUGCCUCGGGAGCCAACGAUUCUGCAAUUAAUGAAAGCGCAUGCUUGAUACUGCCGGAAGAACGUCAUGAAACCAUCUUGCCCUGGCUCUAUCUUUCUUUGGCUCUCCUGGGCCUCCCGACCAAUGGAAUAGUUUUGCUGGAUCUUUGGAGAUCAGAGAGGACACCCACUGUCAUCUUUACUUUAAACAUAGUCGUGUCAGACUUGAUGCUGUGCUGCAGUUUUUUCCUCAGAGUAGCAUACUACAAAAAGAACGUCAAAUGGCCGUCUGGAAGUUCAGUCUGUAACGCUGUGGAUCUCAUCAUGUUCUCUUGCUUCUACAUUAAUCUUUAUUGCAACAUGUGCUUUCUCUUGUGGACCAGCAUCAAUCGCUACGCCACUGUGGUAAAUCCAGUCUACUCUUUAUUUCGUGUCUUUAAACAUCCAAAGCCCUGCUGGAUCAUUUGCUUGUUGACCUGGUUGGUUGUGGCCUCAAUUGUGAUCGCUAGCAUGGCAACUAAACUGAGUUUAAGAAUCACAAAUGGGACAUGCUUUGACCAGGUUGUCAACAGUUUCAACCUUAAUAAAAUAAAAUUCAUAACUGUCCACAGUAUCGGUGUGGCAGGAUUUUUUUUCAUUUUGUUCUUGAUGUUGAUCAGCUAUGGCCAGCUGGUCUUUUACCUGCAGCGGGUGAGGGGAGGAAGUCUGAUCAGUGCUGGAUUCGGGCCUGGAGGCGGACUGAAAGUUCGAAGGAAGAUUCUAGCCUCCGUCAUACUGUUUGUCCUUUGCUUCCUACCAUACCACAUCCAAAGAAUCAUCAUACUAAAAUCCGACGGUGGAGACUGUCAGGCAGAGUUCAGGAUCAAAACCAUCACCAUCUUUUUAGCAGCUCUUAGCUCCUGCCUGCAACCAGUCCUGCAGCUGGUGUUGCGUUUACGCUGCUGUCGAGCCAAACGCAAUGCCAGGGCCAAACCCAAACCUGAGAUCUCAAAGAGCCUGGCAACACCUAACAUCAAUACCAUAAAUCUGACAGAUAAUGCUGUAAGACAAACAGAAAAAACAAAGAACAACAAAGGCGAAUUAAGCCCCCAACCAACACAGUAAUGAGGAAGAACAUUGUUCUGUAUUUUCUAUGCAAUAAUAAAGCUAGUCAAAACUCACAUGUAAACAAUAACAACACAAUAAGAAUAACAGAGCUGAUGCAUUCGACCACUCAUAAUAACCACAAUGACCACUUUGUAAAACAUAAAUAUCUAAUUCAACACACUGCGAGUGUUCUUGUAACUCAGUUGGUAGAGCAUGGUGCUACUGUAAUAAUGCCAAAUCAUGGGUAAAUUCCUAGGGAACAUACAAACUAAUAAUAUACUGCAUAAACCAACUUUAGCUCAACUCUAAAUUUGCUUUAUUGGCCUACAGUACUGAACGUUUUAAUAGCAUUUCUUUUUAGAGCCAUUGCAUACUUUAUGUGUAUUAAUGCCAAUGAUAUAGAGAUUAUUUUCUGAUCUUACCCUAUUAAAGUAAUAUACUGUAGAUAUGGUAUAUACUGUAUAUAUUAUAUAUUGGUAUGGUCAAAUGUGAUUAUUUAAAUAUAGGUGUACAUAAUUUGAAUUUAACCACAAGGGGGUACCAAGAGACCAUAAAAUUACAGUGCAGGUACUCUUUCAGGGAAGUCAAAAACUCACCAGUUUACAGAAAAUCUUUGGCAAGGGGAUAUUCUUUUAAAUUAGUAAUGUACUACAGGAGAAAUUUAGAUUUUGAAAUAUAGUAUUUAACAAACACAACUGUAAUUCUCCAAAGGUCCAGAUGCUACAUAAUGAACUUGUCAAAUAAAUAUCAUAACCAUUAUUGUCUG